CCGGGGGCGGAGGCGCUGCCACGGGCGGGUGCGAGACCCCGGCGGCCCCGGGGGCUCCUCAGCGAGCGGUGUCUUCCCCCCGCGCCCUUCGUGUGGGGCGGGUCUCCUCCCGCGGGAGCAGGCGCAGGUCCGGGCAGGGGGACGAGCCGCCGGGGCGUCUCUGGGUUCCCCGGGCAGAGGCUCGGCCGCGGGGGGACCGCCCCGCAUCCCCGCUGUCCUCGCCCCCGCCAUCUCGCCGCUCAGCGCGGCCGGUGCCAGCCGGAACAAGCUGUCGGCCGCGGGGACGGGCGCGCGGUUCUGGCUCCUGUGCGGAGGGGUCCGGCGGACUCUCCGCCCCGCCGAGCCCCCGGUGCCCGUGGGUGCGAGGAGCCGGAGGGGCUGCCCGGCGCGGCGGCGGCUCCGGAGCUGGGGCAGUUCCCUCUGGACGGGAAGCCGGCUCUGCCGUGCGGCUGCCGGCUGGGACCGCACGUUCCUUGAGGGGAAGAUCGCCGGGAAAGUGCCCUGGGCUGGACGCGAGCCCAGCCGGGACCCCCGAGGGGCGGGGGCACUCACUUGUAACCGGGGGAGUCGGCCGAUUUGUUCGGGUUCCUGGGAGGGUUGUGUGAACUAAUUCACAAGAAAGCGAACUGAGUACAAAAGCCACACUGAGAGUGUUCUCGAGCGGCGUGCGCGAUGCUGCCGCCGAACCGCGCUCCUCUGCCCGCGGGGCGCGUUGUGGAGCGCAGCCCGUUCCCCUGCCUCCCUGCCCCCGAGGACGCUGUCCCCCCGACCCCCGCCCCUCUCCCGCGCGUCUCCGGGCCAGCCUGCGCUGGAAUGGGUGACGUCACUGUGUUUACACGGGGCUCGUGGCACGGUUCUACGAUCAGGAAUGUGGAGAAUGGGGCCUGCGUUGAAUCAUGCGCGGUGCUGUCAGCUCCCUUGUGCUGCCUGUGAGCUGAGCGGAGAGUUGGCUGCGCUUGUGCUGAGUUCAGGCCUUUUGAGCUCCAGGGAAAUGUGUUGAGACUGCAUUUUCUUCAUUGCAGUCAUUGCGUUUGGCACUUCUCAGCGUGAUCUUUCUUCAGGAAGCUAUCAAAAGCUGAGCAAUCAGCAGUCUGGAGAGUUAUACCGAGUUUGAUCUCUGUCUUAGUGCCAGUUCUUUGGGUGUCCUCUCUGCAAGCUGUCUCUGAUCCUUCAAAUGGGACUCAAAAAACAGUCAACAACUUGUCCCCAGGUUGUUUCUCCCAUUCUGCUGACCGACCUGUGGGUUGCUGCGCCUCACCCUGAUCCCCUGGGCAGGCGGCAAGGAGAGGAGGGAUCCCCAGGUGCUUUUGGGCACGGUCCUGCUGCAGCUCUGGCUGUUGUGGGAGGCGUCUGCCUGACGAGGUCGGGCUCCUCUGGGUAGAGAUGCCGUGACGCUGAAGAGUUCGAGCAAAGUUGAAGUGGUGUUGUCGGGGACCGGGACCAGCCGUUCUGCUGCCUGCUGACGGCUCCUCGCCCCCUUGCAGCGCUGCCCGGAGCCACAGCCGCUGCCGUGGCAGAGCCGGACCCGCCGGUGCCCCGGGCUGCCCGAGGAGCUCUCUGCCUGGCACCUUGCCUGAUGCAGCACGUUUGUUGCCUCGUUUGGUUUGUUCCAGCUCUGAUGUAAUGAAGCAAGCUUGGGUGCUUGCCAGGCAGCUGGAAAUUCUUUAGAGCCACAAGGCAAACACAUUUCUGUGGUCCAGCUGGCCGUACCUGCCCCCGGCUCCUUAGCUCACCAGAGGAGGGUGCAGACAGGUGCUGCAAGCGAGACAUUUCUGAUCUCCCCAGUUGUUCGUCCCUUGUCCCCUCUUCCCAGCAGCCACGUCGUUUGCCAAGUAGGAGCAGAGGAAGAAAACACAGCAGUGUGGGAAUGAGUGAAGAACUGAUUUUAUGAAGCAGUUGCUUGUGUGCUGUCUGUUGUGCGACAGCCGCUGCCGUCCUCGGGUGGCAAAGGGACUCUGUCUGCGCCAGCCCUGCCGGGCUGCAGCGCACAUCUCACCGGCCGAGCAUUGUCCUCUGGGUAUAAGUAGCUUCCUCCUGGCAGGCCGGGGCUGGGCGCGUCCCUGCUGGUGUCCUGGGGACGCCGGCCCGUUCGCCCCUGGGAGGCGGCAGGUGCGUUGGGGGCAGCCUGCGCCACAGCUGCUGGAAGAGCGUAAAUUCGUAUUUGCUGACUUGUGGAUCUGGUUCUUGGCUACAACUGUGCAUCAGUGCCUCUUACAUUUAGCAAAGCACUCGGAACAAGAGCCUGAGGGCAGGAGGUUUGUAGGGACAGACACAGGAGCUUGGGUGUGAGUCGCUGUGGAAACAAGCUGGGAAUUGCUCUUACCAGUUGGAAGUGCUGUCCCCCGUGGCAGUGAAGGAGUCUGCUCUCUGGCUCUGCCCACCCUCAGUCCUUGUUUUCUGAUGAGCACACCUUGGCUCUGAAGAUAAGGGAGGGAGAAGGUGGUUCUGGGCCCUGGCAUUGCAGGGACCAACAGGGACCUUGUGACCUGCAGGCGGGGUCAGCUUUGCGUGGGGGGAGAGGCGAAGGCACCGGCCAGCACAGCGCCAGGUCCUUCCGUUCCUUGGGUUGGGUGCAGGACUUCCACUUGAACCUGUACGUGCUGGCUCUGCUGGGACGCGGACAGGGUUCGCGGAGGCUGGGGCGCAGCGGCGGCGUCCCGUCGGCGGCGUGCCCGGCCAGGCGCCGCGCAGCAAAGACUUCCCUGCGCUCCCGCCCCGCGGCCGCGUGUCCCCGACCGUGCUGGCUGUGACCUUGGGCCACCUGGGGUCUGUUGGGCCUCUUCUCCGGGGUGGUUUCCGAGCUGGGCACCUGUUGGAGCGAGCGGCUGCUGUGCUGUGCUGUGCUCCGAGUGACAAGGAUGGGGAGCGGGAGAUGCCGAGUGCCAGCGUGCUGAGUCAGCAUGACUGGCCCCGAGCAGCGGUGCUCUGGACCCAGCCUGCUGCCUGCCAGGCUAUUUUUGAAAACGUGGCUUCCGUGUGUUCUGACUCCUCCUAGUUUUUUAAUUUCCCCCACCCCAAGCAAAAAAAGCCCCAGCGUUGCCAUGAAGGCUCCGCGGGAGUAGGGGUGUGGAAGGGCAGCGGUUUCUGCUCAGGGACAGGAUCUGCCGCUCAAGCUGCGUGACAAGGCUGUCGUGUUAUGACGACCCCCAACAAAGGAAACAAGGCCUUGAAGGUGAAGCGGGAGCCAGGCGAGAAUGGGACCAGCUUGACAGACGAGGAGCUGGUGACCAUGUCGGUGCGGGAGCUGAACCAGCAUCUGCGGGGCCUGUCGAAGGAGGAGAUCAUCCAGCUGAAGCAGCGCCGGCGCACGCUCAAGAACCGCGGCUACGCGGCCAGCUGCAGGGUCAAGCGUGUCACCCAGAAGGAGGAACUGGAGAAGCAGAAGGCAGAGCUGCAGCAAGAAGUGGAGAAGCUGGCCUCCGAGAACGCCAGCAUGAAAAUGGAACUCGAUGCUCUCCGCUCCAAAUACGAGGCUCUCCAGAACUUCGCCAGAACCGUGGCCCGGAGCCCUGUGACCCCUGUGCGGGGGCCUCUCUCCUCCAGCAUGGGCCCCCUCGUCCCCGGCAAGGUUGCGACUACUAGUGUCAUCACAAUAGUGAAAUCCAAAACGGACGCCCGGUCUUAGUGAAGCGAGUGUUGCCUGAGCUUGUCUGUGCAGGGCAAUUAGGCACAAAACCAGCCUGGAAUCCCCAAAGCACAAACCCUCCCCAGAAGGGUCCGGGUUCCUUCUCCUUGGCCCAGGACUGGCCUGCUGAUCACUCCGGUUUUAUUUUGUCGUGUGCAGAUUGGUAUGAGCAGUGGUGACGCGUCCCUCGUGCUGUGCAGAGCCUCCCGCCCGGCGCUCUGCGGCCCUCGGGACGGGCUGCCGGAUCCCGCUUUUCCAGCCAGAGCCUGCGGCGGGGGCGACGGUGGCGCGGGGAAGGUCCGGAGGGCUUUCGUCCCGGGGGCCGGGACCCCCCGUGUUCGGUCAUUUCCAAAGGCUUUGUCUCCUGACUCCUCCAUGUGGUGCCUCGCGGUGCCCGACUGCUGCCCCGGAGCUGCUGCUCCUGUCUCCUUCGGUGCCCGUACUUGCAGGUGGGGUGUUCUGUGUCGUGGGUUUUCGUUCCUUUCUAGGUGUGCCUGUGCCCCGCAGGGGUUCCCCAGACGUGUCGCGUUAGCCGUGUAGAGUAGCCGUGCGGGAGGGAGACGCUGUCGUGGCCCAGCGAGGGGGCCGGGAGGGAGCGAGGGAACCGCGUUGGCUGCAGGCCGGUUUUGUGCCUAAUGUGUUGCACUGAACAAGACCAAAAUCACUAGUUGUUCCCGUGUUUUGAGGGUAUCCAGUGUCUCUAGUGUGAUGGUUUACACAACCAGUUUAUGUGGUUAAAUAGCCCUUUAUUUAAAGAGAGAAACAUCAUUUUAAGAGUUAUUAAAUUAUCUAAGUUUAAAAUUAAAAUCGGACAGAAGAGAGAGCGUAUUUAUAGUCAGCUUUUUUAUCUGAGAGGGCGAGAAUAUUUGACCAUAUAAAUGGGGAAGUAUUCUCGGAGUCUUUGGUAGUUAAAAGUUAAUAAAUAAAUAAUUUUAAAAUUUCUCAUGAA